UCGUAAGAGAAAUCGCUAAUUUGCAAUGGCUCUACUCUCGCUUGUCAAGCACUAUUUUCCCAGCUUCCAGUUAAACGGGCCGCUCUUAUCUCUUUCAUGCUUCAUCAUCGUUGUCCUGUUUUUGAUCAAUCUCAGAAAUAGGCCAAGCCAAUCCAAGUCGAAUCUGAAACUGCCUCCAUCCCCUCCAAAACUACCCAUCAUCGGCAAUCUUCAUCAGCUAGGCUCACUGCCUCACCACUCUUUUCGAACCCUCUCAAAAAAAUACGGACCUUUGAUGUUCUUACAGCUGGGUCAGACUCCAGCUGUGGUGGUUUCUUCUGCAGAAUUGGCCUGCGAAUUUAUGAAAAUCCAUGACCUUACCAUCGCUGAUCGACCUCAAGGCAUUUGUCCUAAGAUCUUGCUCUAUGGAUGUACGGAUGUUGGCUUCGGGAGCUACGGCAGUGAAGAUUGGAGACAGAAGAGGAAAAUCUGCGUCAACGAACUUCUUAGCCUGAGAAGGGUUCAAUCGUUCAAGAACGCCAGAGAAGAAGAAUCUUGGGAGUUAGUGAAUAAGAUACGUGGUAUGUGCUUGAGUGGUGCAGAUUCUGUGAACCUGAGUGAGUUGCUGAUUGCUACAUCCAAUAAUAUUGUGUGUAAGUGUGUUCUUGGGGAUAAGUUUAACACCGAGGCGAAUACAAGGAUUGGAGGGUUAGCGAGGAAGGUGAUGAUUAACCUUAUGGCCUUCAGUGUAGGAGAUUAUUUCCCUUCCUUUGGUUGGGUUGAUAUUCUCACUGGACUCAUUUUGAGGUUGAAGGCCAUUUUCAAAGAGUUAGAUGAUUUCUUUGAUCGCAUCGUUGAAGAACGCAGGACCAUGUUGAUGAAGCGAAGCGAUGACCAAUCCUCCAAUAGGAAAUGCUUGCUCGAUAUUCUUCUUCAACUCCAAGACGAUGGCAUCCCUGACCAUAGUUUCUCCCAAUACGAUAUCAAAUCAAUCUUAAUGGAUAUGUUUGUGGGAGGAAGCGACACAAGUUCAACAGCAAUGGAGUGGGCCAUGGCCGAGCUGGGGAUGAAUCCGACGAAAAUGCAGAAAGCACAGCAAGAGGUAAGACGCGUGGUGGGGAACAAGUCAAAGGUAGAAGAGCAAGACAUCAAUCAAAUGAAUUACUUGAAAUGUGUGGUCAAAGAAGUUCUAAGAUUGCAUCCACCAACUGCUCUCAUUCCUCCUAGAUUAUCAAGAUCAAGAUUGGACAUGAGAGGCUACACUAUUCCGGCUAAAACGACGGUGUACAUCAAUGCGUGGGCAAUUCAAAGAGACGCAGAUUUCUGGGAAAAACCAGAAGAGUUCAUUCCUGAGAGAUUUGAGAAGAAUGAUGUGGAAUUCAAGGGACAAGACUUCAAUUUCAUACCGUUUGGUUCAGGAAGAAGAGGGUGUCCUGGGAUGAUGUUUGGUGUUGCUGCUGUUGAAUCCGUGCUUGCUAAUCUCUUGUAUUGGUUUGACUGGAAGCUUCCUGAUGGCAAUGGUAUCACUGUUCAACACAUAGACAUGAAGGAGACAUUUGGGCUAACUGUCAGCAAAAAGAUGCCACUUCAUCUCAAACCAAUGCCCUACUCAAAGGGUUCAGAACUAGCUAGUUAGAACUAUUGUGUGGCUAAAGCAUGACGGAUGCUCCAUUUGAUCAGUGUGCUUUUACUUUUUGUUUUCUAUACUUGCACUGUUGUUGAAUAAAUGUUGUUGAUUGAUUGGUGGGUGAGAUCAGUA